CCCCCCAUAGCACCACCAUGGUCCCGUUCCACAUCCGCCUGUACCGGGACAGUGACUCUGAUGCCGUACGGGAGGUGUUCGCAGCCGGGAUGCAUGAACACGCUCCGGCUCUGUGCCGGCACCUGCUGCGGCAGCCGUGGCUGCUGCUGGUGCUGAGCUGCACCUGCUGCCUGCUGCUGGCCAGCGCCCGCUCGCUGCUGCUGCCCAUGCUGGUGCUGGCGCUGGUGCUGGCGCUGGUGCGGCACAGCGUGGGCUGGGCAUGGGGAGCAUACAUCCAACACUGCCUCAACACCGACCUGCGCCACAUCACCGCGGCCUAUGGCGCUGGGGCCGGCGCACGGUUCUGGGUGGCGGAGGUGGAUGGGUGCGUGGUGGGCACGGUGGGAGUGCGGCCUGCUGGUGAUGGUGAUGGGGAGCUGGUGCUGAAGCGGAUGUCGGUGCGCCGCGGGUACCGUGGGCAGGGCAUCGGCACCGCGCUGGCCAGGACGGCGCUGGCAUUCGCGGCACAGCGCGGCUGCAAGGCUGUGGUGCUCAACACGCUGAUGGUGCAGCACGAGGCACGAGCGCUCUAUGAGCGCCUGGGGUUCCGCCGGCACCGCCAGUAUGUGCUGCCCACUGUCUAUGGGUAUCUGGCCAACUGCACCAUCACCAUGUACCGGUAUGAGCUGGAUGGCAGUGAGGGAGCUCUGGCACCGCAGCGGGAGCUGGGGGUGAUGGAGACAUGGAACCAUCAAACCAACCAGGCUGGGAAUGUGCUUCCAGACCAUGAGGUCCAACCAAGGACCAGCACAGCCAACACUGCCCCAUGGCACUGAGAGCAGCAUCCUCAGCUCUGUUCAACCCCUGCAGGGCCGGUGCCUGCAGCCCUGCCCUGGGCAGCCUGUUCCAAUGCCUGAGCACCCUCUGGGGCAGGAAU